AUCUCUUGAACCCUAGAUAGCUCAGUUACAAUCGUCAAAAGGGGAAUGUGCUACAUCCAGUGCGUUGUGUUUUAAGUUGCAUGAAUUUGAGACGUGCAAUCUUGUCCGUCCAUAAGUUUGAGAUGUUCUUGCAUGUGAUCAAAUGAAAAUGGGCCACCAUUUCUGUUAUGGUGGGCUCAUUUUUACCUCUUUGUAGCUUCACUUUCUAUCCUAGGAGGGCCCAAGACACAUUAUCAUCAAGCUUAUGCCAUCUAGUCUACCCUACUCACCUGCUGGCAAACUUUUUUCCUUUCAGAAACUAGAAAGUAUGGAAUCAAUCGGAGUCCUUAUGAUGUGCCCUAUGUCCUCCUACCUCGAGAACGAGCUUCAGAAGCGCUUCAACCUUGUUCGCUUUUGGAAUUUCCCGGUCUUUCUGGAGACUCAUCGGAACUCAAUCCGCGCCGUCGUUGGAAACGCUUCUACAGGCGCUGACGCUGAGCUCAUCGAUGGUCUCCCCAAGCUUGAGAUUAUCUCCAGCUUCAGCGUCGGUAUCGAUAAGAUCGAUUUGGGGAAAUGCAAGGAAAAAGGGAUCCGAGUCACCAACACUCCGGACGUUCUCACCGAAGACGUGGCAGAUCUCGCGAUUGGCCUUAUACUGGCUCUCCUCCGACGCUUAUGUGAGUGCGAUCGCUAUGUGAGGAGCCGUAAAUGGGAGUAUGGCGAUUUUCAGCUCGCUACUAAGUUUAGCGGAAAAUCAGUGGGCAUCCUCGGUCUAGGUAGAAUUGGGACUGCCAUCGCCAAGAGAGCUGAAGCCUUUAGCUGCCCAGUCAGUUACUACUCUAGAAGAGUGAAGCCUGAUUUAGGCUACAAGUAUUAUCCAACGGUGGUUGAGCUUGCUCAAAACUCAGACAUCCUCGUCGUGGCAUGCCCAUUGACUGACGAAACCAGACACAUUGUGAAUCGGCAUGUCAUGGAUGCAUUAGGAGCAAAGGGUGUGCUGAUUAACAUAGGGCGUGGGCCACAUGUUGAUGAGCAAGAGCUAGUAAAUGCUCUUACCGAAGGCCGCCUAGGUGGGGCUGCGCUGGACGUGUUUGAGCAGGAGCCACACGUGCCCGAGGAGCUCUUUCCACUUGAAAAUGUGGUUUUGCUUCCCCACGUUGGGAGUAGCACUGUAGAGACAGAGAAUGCCAUGGCUGAUCUUGUGGUGGCUAACUUGGAAGCGCACUUUGCUGGGAAAUCACUUCUCACUCCGGUGGUCUGAGUUUAAAGGGCUUCUUCUAUUAAACCAAUGAUGGAAAGUGUCAAUUUCUCUUCCAAACAAGUUGCAUUGUCGUAUAUAAGGUAUGGAUUUAAAAACAAAAACACUACUACUCUCUGUUUCAAGUCUUUUUGGCUGUCUUUUUGCCAAAGUAUUGGAGUAGCAUACAAGUGUGAGGUGUAUGACCAUAUGUUAAAAUCCCUGCCGGUUACCUAAGAAACUACUCAUGGACGAGAGUAAAAUGUAGCAAUAUCUGGGUAGAUUACUGUCAGUCUGUCACUGAAGAUCGGUUUUCCAACUUCUCUAUGGCACAGAGAAGUUGGAGCAACAACUAUUUAUCACAGACGGAGUUUCUACUUGGUCCAUAAAGCGUCUUCUUUUGGCUUUUUACUCAAAUCUCUUGUGACAACAUCAGCGGACGUCAAUUGAGUGAAUAAACACCUCAAGGCAACCUCAUAAGCAGCAAAAAUGGCACCGUUAACAACAAAGGCCCUGGCAACUGCAGUCCCGAGGCCACGCCAGAGAACUCCAUAGCCUUCCUGUGCGAUGCUUUUACGAAAACAAUCGGCUAUGCCCUCGUAAGCCCCAUGACCUCCUUGUUGAAGCCUGGUCUUGACGACAUCAAGAGGAUAGCAAAUGACCCAACUGGACACACCGGCCAAGCCACCUGCGACCAGCAUGGUCCUAAGAGUUUCUUCUCCACUCUUCCUGCAGCCGGGAUGAAGCAUUUCUCGUACGUACUCGUAAGUCCAGAAGUAAAACCCGUGAGCUGGAGCAUCUCUGAGAACAGUUACGCUGAAGACGAAUCUUGAUGAGCUCAACGGGGCUAAGCAAGAGGCUCUGCACAGCGCCAGUGCCAACCCCACCAAGAGCAACGCCUCUGUAGGAAGGAGGCUCUUCCAUGGGAACAGAGGAAUCAAAGGAGCGAGAGAGUAUGGCAUAUAUCUGGAAUACCAUAGCAUUCUGUGACAUGAUCACAAGAAGAAGAAGAAGACGAUGAGUAGAUCACAUGUGAAUAUGCCAGUGGAGUCGAUGCUUUUCUUUUAAUUAAAAAAAAAAAGUUAUGAUGAGAGGAUGGAUGGGAUAUUCAUGAGAUGCUGUGAUAAAAAAAUAAAAUAAAGGUGAAUCUAAGAAAGAAGAACCUGAAAGGUGACGGAUGCCAAGGGGGCAGACAUGCCUCUGUAGAGUGAGGAGGGACCCUCCACGGCGAGCAUCCGGCGGAGAAUGGUGAAGGCAGAUCCGGAUUUGGAGCUCUGUUGCUGACGAAUUCUCAGCGUGUCCAAGGGAUAGCCGGAAAUAAUACCGGCAACGCCUCCGAAUCCACCGGCGACGAACUCCCUUCCCCAGCUGCUCGCCAUAAACUCCGGCCAGAAAUCCAUGUCGAUAUCUUUCUUCUUCGAUUUAGUAUUCUUUUAAGAAAGAGUUUUUUUUUUUUUUUUUUUGUAGAAGAUUCAAUGCCUUCACCUGAAAGCUCUUGCCCCGAGGGAUUUGAUUGUGUACGUCUACAACUUUCCGAGUAAAAAGCGGAUUGGGAUUUUGUCCUUUUUUGGCGAUGAGAAACGUGAAACAAAAGCUCUCAUAGUUUUCGUCGAAGAAGGAAGAUAAAAGAUUGAGAGAGGGCACCGUCCUUUUCGUAUGAUCUCACCCAACCCACUCCCGCCACCUUUACAUCUCUCUUCCUGCCAAAACUUGCUUGUUUCCUCUGUUUAUUAUUUUUCUUUAUUUCACAUGUUCAGUUAUUUAUAAAAAAAGAAAAAUGAAUUAUACUUUGAUGAUAAGCUAAAACAAUCAUGGUUCCUAUUAAACUAAAUCCACCCAAA